CAUAAGUAACCCAUCGCACCACCACCCCCACCUUCGAACGAUGCGAACAAUCCUCUCCAGGGCCAGCCCGAGAUAGCUUCGACCAGACAUUACCUGUCAUUUAUUUAUCACGGACGAAUACAAUACGUUAGCCACCGCGCGUAUCAUAGGGGUUGACUAGGCUAAGCUAGCAUAGAAGAGCAUAGCAUAGAACACGACAGCUAUUUUCCCCACCCUCAUCUGUUGCAACGCCACGAGUAUCCGUCCAUCUGCAAUAGUGCGGUACCGGCAGUGUGAUUGGGGAAAUACGGUAGGAUUCCCCGACAUCGCAUCAAAUUUUACGGGACGAGGUCGACACGUGUAUAACCAGAGUGAACCCUCGCCUAUCUCCCCUAGCCCCUCUCUCUUCCCUUCUCUUGUUUCACUGCUUUCUAGAACGCCACACAGAAAAACACACAUAAAGGAUGCCCGGCCACAUGAACGCCUACCGCCUAACCGGCGACCUCUGCCACCUAGCCUCCAAAGCAAUUCUAAUCCUUACGAUCCACCUCCGCAGUAGUGCGGAGGGCAUCUCCCUCCUCACCCAGAUGCUCUACGCUCUCGUCUUUCUCACCCGCUACACCGACAUCUUCAGCCCUGACGCCAGCGCGUACGUGACGAUUUUCAAGUGGACAUACAUCCUCACUAGCUUCUACAUCAUAUAUGUCAUGCUGAGGGUUUUCAAGCGGAGUCGUGAGGAAGAAAAGGAGUGGAGGGUAGCGGCGGUGGUUCUAGCGAUUAGCUUUGUGCUCGCACCGGUUUGUUGGGGGUUGAAGGAAGUUAUUUGGAGGCAGACGAAGAGGGGAGGUUGGGCCACUCAGAUCCCUUGGACCUUCAGCAUAAUCCUAGAAUCCCUCGCCGUACUCCCGCAAAUAUCGCUGCUGCGGUACACCGCCAUCCCCACCGCCAUAACAAGCUACUACCUACUAGCACUGGGCGUCUACCGCGCACUAUACAUCCCAAACUGGAUCGUGCGAUACAACGACCCGACGGACAAGUUCUUCGAGCCGUGGGCGGUUAUAUUCGGUGUACUACAGACAAUCCUGUACAUCGAAUUCGCGUGGAUAUACUGGCGCCGACAGCGCGUCAAGAUCCGCGACAACGGCGCCAUCCUCGACGGUGAGGACUUUAUUUCGGGCGGCCUGAUACUUCGCUGGAUCGGCAAGAUUGGGGGGAAGAGUGGCGAGAGGAGCACCGGGGGUGGAUGGAGGGGCAGGGGCACCGGAGGGAGUGGUGGGAUCAGCGUUAGUGCCGAUGAGGAGGCAGACUUGGUCGGCGGAGAGUUCGGCGACAGCGAUGAGGAGGAUGAGGAUGAAGCGCUCGAGAGUGAGAGUGGGAGUGAGGGGGCGGUAGUUAGGUAGAUUUUUCCUCCCUUUUAGUCAAGAUGCGGUAGAAGAGGACUUAUGGGAGGGGUUUAAGGGGGUCAUACAAUCUUUCAUGUUCGUUUUUACUGGUUUACCUAGUUAGUCAUCCGAUCAAGAAACAAUUGUUAAUGCUGGGCGCGCAACGCGCGGUUCCUGCAUAUGCUAGCUUG